AUGCCAAAAGACACUACACCAACCCCAGAAAGCACCUUUGCAUCCAUGGGAGUGGCCAAGCCGCCCAUGGGAACAUAUGGAGUGCCAAAACAGCUUGUCUCGGACAAUAGUCCACAGUUUGUUUCAGAAGAAUUUGAAACAUUCCUGUUAGUUAAUGGUAUACGGCAUCUGAAAUCAGCACCGUAUCACCCAGCCACAAAUGGGCUCGCAGAACGUUUUCUUCAGUCAUUCAAGGCAGCAUUGAAAUCUGCAAAGGGAGGAAGAAGCGACGUAAAGCAGAAAUUACCAAAUUUCUUGUUAGCGUACAGAAAUGCUGAGCACAGUACAACUGGAAUAUCACCAGCGAUUAUGUUUAUUGGACGACAAUUGCGAACACGACUAGACUGCAUUAAACCUGAUCUUCAAGAGAAGGUUAUAAAGCACCAAGAAGUUCAGAUGAAACAACCGUUUAAGGAACCUAGAAAAUUUAGAGAUGGAGAUAAGGUAUGUGUUCGUGAUUACCGAUCUAAGGAGCAGAAAUGGAUUGCGGGCAUCAUCCAUAAGAAGACUGGGACAUUGUCAUACGAAAUAAAAGUAGGACCAGACAUGAUUUGGAGGAGACAUAUUGACCAGGUGAUAAGUAGUGGUUUGCAACCAGAUCUUCAAACGCCUCCAGAGAUUGUGCAACCAAUUGAUAUUUUGAACCUACUUCCCAGCCAACACCACUGUGAUGAGUUGUUAUACGGAGCAGACCAUUAUACAACGGACUCUAUUGAGUUUUAUUUCAGUAUGGUCUUACUCGCCAUCUUUAUUUAUCUGCCUCUGCUUGACCCAGAGGGCUCACUCUCCAGAUUGCAUACUACAAUCAACACAUCUUCCUUCCUAUAA